ACUUAUGGGCAGUAGUGUUGUCUCGCAAUUGGCUCGAAAGUACGCUGCAGUGAUUUUCUUUCCCACUGUUGCAGUCGGCUCUAUUUACGCAGAUUGGUCGCACACCCGCAAGUGGAAGCGCCAGCAACACCAGUUGGCACACAGCGCUCAGCUAAAGAGUCAGAGCUAGGAGGAAGUAU